GAGAGAGAGAGAGCUAUAGUGGAUGUGAUGGUAAUGUAGAGAAAACCCCUUUAAAUGCGAUAUUUAUUUGGUUUACAAUAGACUUGUAAUGAAGUGAACGAUAAGCCCAUCGAUUGAUACAAAUAAUUGUGGUUUUAAUGAACAAAACCAAACAUUGAGUCAAUUGUAUCGCAAUUGCCAUCAAAAGAGACAUCAAUUGUCACUGAGUUUGCCAUCAAUUGAGUGAAUGUCGAGAUAAUCGCAACAUUUCUUGUAUUUAUUGUUGGAUUCAAAGGCAAUCAUAUAUUUAUCACUAAUUAUUUCUAAGAUUAUCGCAAAGCAUGUCAUCUCAAGAGGCAACUGAUCCUAUUAAUGUGACGAAUAUGUCGACCAAAGAGGAGAAGGAAGAGGAGGAGAAGCUGAGGGCGAAGUACCCACACGUCCAGAGACCCGGCCCUCAGUUUCUUCAGAAGCGACUUCAAAAGGGGCAAAAGUUCUUUGAUUCCGGCGAUUAUAAUAUGGCGAAAGCGGCCGCAAAGACAUCGAAACGCUUGCCUGAGUCCAAGCUGUCGGCCGUUCACAUCCCGGAGCCAUCCAUACCGACUCCCAUACCCACGGGUGACACCAUCCCUACGCCCGACUGCUUGGCCAACAGGAAGACGUCGAUCCACGUGCAGAGCAAACUGGUGUCCGGCGCCCCAUAACAGCCACACUCGUGGGUCGCCCUUCCGGUCACGGAUUGGACGCCAAAGUCAUUACCGAAACUUGAAUUUUAUUUUCACCUCUUUUUGUACAGUUUUACGGCUCAACUGUUUUAUGUUUCGAUGUUUUUUAACGCGAUU